AUGCUGUCGAGCUCGAUGCGCCAUACCCGGCCGCGGAAGCGGCUCAUCGACCCCCUGGCGCGAACGGCCACCGCUGCCCUUGCCGUCCGAGUCGGCGCCGCGCCGCGUCCGUGUCCGAUGGCCGGCCGCGGAGCUGCCACCGCCGCCGCUGCUUGGCGCCCCGUUUCUGUCCUCGACGAAUGGGUUGCGCGUGAGGCUCGUCCCAUAAGCUUGCGCCAGCUCAUGGUCUUUGGCCGCUCCCUCACAGAAUCCCGCCUCAUAAGCUCCGCCAAUUAUGUACGGACAGAGUUACCAUCUAGAAUCGCCCACCGCCUCCGCGACAUGCAACAGCUCCCUUACGUCGUCGUCACGAACCCGCACAUCAACGAUGUCUAUAACCUCUACUAUAACGCAUUUGACACAUUUCGCAAGAUCAAAGAGAUCAAGACCCUCGAGGAUAACGACCGCCUCUGCGAGAUUAUCAGUCAGAACCUCAAGGGCCACCUGACGGUCAUCCCCAAGCUCGCCAUGGGCAUUCUUGAGUGUGGCGGUCUGAUGAAUCCCAAGGACCUCGACAAGUUUAUGAAUACCAUUUUGAGAUCUCGUAUCUCCCGUCGCGUCAUCGCCGAGCAGCACCUCUCCCUCACCGAGACCUACCACUCGCCGCACUUCUCCCCGGGCGCCAAGCUCUCCGAGAGCGACUUCAUCGGCGAGGUCUUCAUCAAGUGCCAGGCGCGCGAGGUCAUCGAGCGCUGCGCCCGCGCCGUCACCGCCCUCGCCCGCUCCACCAACGGGCCCGACGCCGAGGUGCCCGAGGUCCGCAUCGACGGCCAUCUCAACGCCUCCUUCCCCUACAUCCUCAGCCACCUCGAGUACAUCAUCGGCGAGCUGCUCCGGAACUCGGUGCAAGCCGUCGUCGACCGCCAGGCCCGCCUCCGUGAAAAGGCCGCCUCCUCCGCCAGGGCCCUCGUCGUCGAGCCCCCGCCGCCCAUCGAGGUCACCAUCUGCGAGGCCCAGGAGCACGUCAUCAUCCGCAUCUCCGACCGCGGCGGCGGCAUCCCCCGCGAGGAGCUCCCCUACCUCUGGUCCUUCUCCAAGGGCCCGCAGUCCGCCGCCCGCCUCGCCAACCUCGGCCGCGUCCCCCGCAUGGCCGCCACCAUGCAGGAACUGCACAUCGACGAGCUCGGCCGCGCCGACCUGAAGGCACCCUCCUACCCUACCCCCCCUCCGCCUCCGUCGCCGCAGGAUCAACCACCCUCCACCGCCACGCCGCACACCCCGUCCCAGCAAAACUCCCUCUCCAGCCUCACCAGCCGCCCGCCCAACCUGCGCCUCGGCAUGGGCCUACCGCUCAGCCGCGUCUACGCCGAGUACUGGGCCGGCAGCCUGCACGUCCACAGCCUCGAGGGCUACGGCGUCGACGCCUUCCUCCAGAUAUCCCGCCUCGGCAACAAGAACGAGCAGCUCACGACGCGCGCCAGCAUGGACGCUGUGUGA